UUCCCAUGAAACCUUUCUUCUCUGAAAGCUUACAUUUCAGCUUUCUAGUAAAAAUCUCAUGAUUCUAUCAAAUGCCUUGUGUUCGCCUCUUGCUUCUGUUUCUCCCGCUUUCCAUCGUUGUUGUCACUGCCCAAACUUUCCGUAACGUUAGCUUAGGGUCUUCUCUCUCCACCAACGAUGAAAACCCUUAUUGGGUUUCGCCUUCUGGGGAAUUCUCUUUUGGGUUCUAUCGCCUUCCCAACGGAGAUCGUUUCCUGCUCGCCAUCUGGUUCGAUAAAAUACCAGAAAAAACUGUAGUCUGGUCUGCAAAUGGAGAUGAGCCGGUGCAGGGAGGAUCGAAGGUUGAGCUGACAACAGAAGGCCGUCUACUUCUCACUGACGCUCAAGAUGAAGAGAUAUGGAGGGCCGAAUCCAACAACGGUACUGUAGCCUCUGCUGCCGUUCUUGACACUGGGAACUUUGUGCUGAGGAGGACCGAUUCCGUCAUCGUGUGGGAGAGUUUCGACGUACCCACUGACACCAUCUUACCUUCUCAGAUAUUGGGAUUGGGUAGCCAGCUUUCUUCUCAUCUAACAGCGAAGAACUACUCGAAGGGAAGGUUCCAGCUUCGUGUACAGUCGGACGGUAACCUUGUGUUUUAUCCUGUAAAUCUCCCCACCCAAUCCCGUUAUGAUGCUUAUUGGGCUAGCGACACCGUUGAUUCUGGUUAUCAGCUCGUCUUUAACACGUCAGGCUAUAUUUACUUUACUCAAAGAAAUGGAAGCAUGUUCAACCUCUCAAAUAAUGGCAAAAUGGUUUCGACGAAAGAUUUCUACCACAGGGCAACACUCGAUUUUGAUGGUGUUUUCAGGCAAUACAUCUACCCAAAGAACCAUUCGAGCAGCGGAAGCUGGGCUGAGUCCUGGUCUGUAGUCUGGUAUGAGCCUCCCAACCUUUGCACAGCCAUACGUUCGGAAGUCGGCAGUGGAGCUUGUGGAUUUAAUAGCUACUGCAAACCAGAUGAUGACCAGAGGCCUAGCUGCGAAUGCCCGCCUGGGUAUUCCUACCUGGAUCCAAAUAACACAUUUGGUGGAUGUAAACAAGACUUUGCUCCACAGAGUUGCGAUUCAGGUGUGGAAGGUCUGUUUGAAUUGAGGGAGAUGACAAGCACAGAUUGGCCACUGUCCGACUUUGAACGGUAUAAUCCCACAAAUGAAGAUGAGUGCAGAAAAGCUUGCUUGAGCGACUGUUUCUGUGCAGUCGCCAUUUUCAGAGAUGGCUACUGUUGGAAGAAGAAGCUCCCGCUCUCAAAUGGGAAGAUGGACCCGAGCGUCGGUGGAAAGGCCCUCAUCAAAGUGUCCAGAGGUAAUUUUACUUUGCGGCCUCCUCCUCCUCCUCCUAGCACAGGCACAGAGAAGAAUGAGCGACGGACUCUGGUCCUCGUCUUAUCAGUGCUUCUAGGCAGCUCGGUGUUUCUCAACUUCCUCUUCUUGUCAGUGGCUCUGUUUGCUGUUUUCUUCUCAUAUCAUAAAAAGCUGCUGAAAACUCAGCCAGAGCAGAGCACGAUGGGAUUGAAUUUGCGGUGCUUUACAUACAAAGAGCUGGAAGAAAUCACAGAUGGAUUCAAGGAAGAACUAGGCAGGGGCGCUUUUGCCAUUGUUUAUAAAGGGGUGUUAGCAUCAAAUUCACAAAAUUUCAUUGCCGUCAAGAAGUUAGACAUGGUGUUGAAAGAAGCCGAGAAGGGAUUCAGAACUGAAGUGAUCUUAAUUGGCCAGACCCAUCAUAAGAAUCUCGUCAAGCUGCUUGGAUUCUGCGAGGAGGGGUCGCACCGGCUAUUGGUCUAUGAGUUCAUGAGAAAUGGAUCUUUAGCGAGCUUCCUCUUCGAAGGUCCAAGACCCAGCUGGAACAAACGAAUGCAGAUUGCUUUCGGAAUCGCUAGAGGGCUAAUGUACUUGCACGAGGAGUGCGGCUCACAGAUCAUCCACUGCGAUAUAAAACCCCAAAACAUACUCCUCGACGACUCUUUCACGGCAAGGAUAUCUGAUUUUGGAAUAUCAAAGCUUUUGAAGACCAACCAGAGCCGAACCACUACGUGCGUUAGAGGAACCAAAGGAUAUGUCGCACCUGAAUGGUUCAGGAACAUGCCGGUCACAGCAAAGGUAGACGUUUACAGUUUUGGGGUCAUGUUGCUUGAGAUCAUUUGUUGCAGGAAGAACAUCAAAUCGGAGAUUGAAGAUGAUCAGAAUGCAGUGCUGACAUACUGGGCUUCAGAUUGCUAUAGAGCAGGGAGACUAGAUAUGUUAGUCGAGGAUGACACAGAGGCACUAGAUGACAUGAGGAGGAUGGAUAGGGUAGCCAUGGUGGCACUUUGGUGCAUUCAGGAGGAUCCAUCACUUAGGCCUUCCAUGAAGAAGGUGACACAGAUGCUAGAAGGAGCAGUAGAAGUUUCUGUACCCCCAAACCCUUACUCCUUCAUUAGUUCAAUUGGAUGAAACCCUACAUCCUGAAUUUUAUCAUGUUUUAGCAUGUUUUUUCUCUUUAAGUCACCAUGUUUCAAUCGAGAUUGAUUCUGUAAGUAGCAUAAACAAGUUAGGCUAUGGACUUGGAAAUUCACUGCCUGAGACCUCUUGUAUUUCUCAUUACAAGUUUCCAACAAUUUCUUUUUUAGUAUGAAUAUCCACAUUUUUAUGGCUUCAAUCAUACGGUUGUAUUUAUCUAUAAUAGUUGAUACAUCAAAAUUACAGGUCAUGCACCCUGACUUUGUAGCA